AUGUACUGCCAAGGCUCUGAGAUCGGUGUAAGAGAGUGGGUAUCAAACGUACAGAGGCUACGUUAUAAAGACUUCCAGCUAGUCAAGAAGCCUGCGGGCAAGGAAGUUGAAGGAAAAGCAGUAAAAGAUAGUAUUACGUAUGGAAAACUGGAAGAAGUAGAGAGCGUGAAAGAUUUUGGGGCUAGAAUGCAGAAGAUGGGUGUUUGGGGCUGGUGGCGGAAGGGUAUGGGAUACAUCGGUGACGACUGA